AGUCUCCAGAUCUGCUGCUCGCGAGUCACAGACCGGCGUGUUCACUCGUGAUUGGAUACUUAGCCCGUUAUACACACUGCUGUGAGCAGCAGAUCCUGACGCGRAGAACAGAGACACGAGGUCCCUAUUGAACUCAAUCUUUUUUCUCCCUUGUUGUUACUUUAACAGAACGAAAAGUGAAUGUAGUAGGGCAGGUUUCGCGGUUUCGGAAUCAGUGGCGAUCUGAAGCCGAGAUUACGUUUUUCUUGUUGCAUGCUAAGAGCGACCUUCUCCUUUUGAUUAUCCGCCAUGGACGAAUCUUUCACCAGCCUUCCUUCCAGUCACUUGCUAGGUUCAGUUCCUGCUGUAGUCAGUGAAGAGAAAAAGCCAACCAACCACGAGGUUCCUGAAGCAAAGUUGCAAAUAUUUCCUCCUGCCAACAGAGCUGAUAGAGGGCAUGGGUAUCAAGCUCUAGAUGAUAGCCCAAAUGGUGGAGAUGAACAACCAGCAACAAACAAUUGGAAGGGAGUGCUUAGCAUCUCGUCAUACAAGCAAUAUUUUAAUGUGGAUACUGAUAUUGUUGUUGAUAGAAUUAUCAGUUCAUUGAAUCCCACCAGUGGAAAUUUUUUUGACAAGAUUGAGACUAAUCCUGAUCUUUAUGGGAUGGUUUGGAUCUCCACCACAUUGGUUUUUUUGCUUGCCUCACUUGGAAAUUGUGCCACUUACCUGAUGCAAAAACGGAGUAGUAAUAGCACUUCAUGGAGCUUUGAUGUCAGUUAUGUCAACUUGGCUGCAUGUGUGCUGUAUGGUUAUGCACUCGUGGUGCCAGUAGCAUUUUACUUCUUGCUUCAGUAUCUUGGAUCAAAUGCAAGCCUUUUACGCUUCUGGUGCAUGUGGGGAUAUUCCCUCUUCAUCUUUAUUCCCACCUCUUUUCUAUUGAUUAUUCCAGUGGAGUUUAUCAGAUGGAUAAUCAUAAUUCUCACUGCUGCGGCAUCAUCUACCUUUGUUGCUCUGAAUCUCAAAUCUUAUAUACAGGGGAAUGAUCUUAUGCUGGUGGUGGUUGCAUCAUUUGCUUUGCAAGUUGCCAUGGCAUUGUUCAUCAAGAUCUCGUUUUUCCCAUAAGCCUCAGUAAUUGGCAUCCUUGUCUACGAGUUAAUGUGAGAGCCUAAGUUAUGUAUAUAAUGCGUUCCUUUCGGAUUACAAUGUUAUAGAUGUGAUUAUGCAUACUUUGUUUUUUGGCCACUAUGAAGUACAUCAAAAGACGGAUGCUUGUAUGGAGACGGUCCCCUAUGUCCAACUAGGAUUUGAUCAUUUGUUUGUGCUUAUGUACAGAACGUUUGAUGAAGUGUGGGAUGGCAAAACUAUACUUUGAGGAAGAUGAGUUAUGAAGAGGAUCUUUUCUAGUAAUAAUUUAGGGAGAAGGAAUUGCAAUUCGAUGAAGGAUGGGAAUGUAAAAAAAUGAGUGCUCUAGCAAUAUCUCCACGGGAGUGUGUUACUGUUGAUCUGAAUGGUUGAAGAAUCUGAUAGCUUGUAGCUUCUAGACUUUUCAGUGUUUGAGAAGAAGAAAUGAUAUCAAAUCUGGUAUAAACUUUGGUGCUAUUUUAGUUUUUAUGUUUUAAGUUUUAACCACUUGCAUGUAUAUAAUUUAUAAAGAAUUUGAACCCAUAACUUUUCGUUCUUCCUGUA